AUGGGGGUGGCUCGGAGGGAGCGGUGGGCUGUUCCCCUCCUGUGGGCGGCGCUUCUUGCGGUCGCGCUGCUGGGCGGCGGCGUCGUCCGCGGCUUCGAGGACGGCGCCGCGGUGUACAUUGUGACCAUGAAGCAGGCGCCGGUGUCCCACAAGCGCCUCGACCUGGAGAGGUUUGGGAGCAGCAGGGUUGCCGCCGCCGGCGGCGGCGGAGGGGAUAACCCGGCCACCAGCAUCCUCAGGAAGCCGAGGCAUGCUUCACCCAAAUCUAUGAAUUAUGGCUCACUCCUAGUGCGCCUUCAAAAUUCUCUCCUGAAGAAGACACUAAGAGGAGAGCAGUAUACAAAGUUGUACAGUUACCACUACUUGAUUAAUGGUUUUGCUGUUGUCCUCACUCCUCAGCAGGCAGAGAAGCUAAAUAGGAGAAAAGAAGUGGCAAACAUAAUGUUGGAUUUCUCUGUUAGGACGGCAACAACUUAUACCCCUGAAUUCCUUGGCCUGCCAGAAGGUGCUUGGGUGCAAGAUGGUGGUCCACAAUGUGCUGGCCAGGGUGUUGUUGUGGGCCUCAUUGAUACAGGAAUCGACCCAAAUCACCCUAGCUUUGCAGAUGACUUGACAACCGAUAAUUAUCCAGUUCCUGCUCACUACUCUGGUAAUUGUGAGGUUACAAGUGAUUUUCCAUCUGGGUCCUGCAACAGAAAGCUUGUUGGAGCUCGACAUUUUGCUGCAUCUGCAAUAACCCGAGGAGUCUUCAAUGCCUCUCAAGAUCUUGCUUCACCAUCUGAUAGUGAUGGUCAUGGGACCCACACAGCAUCAAUCGCGGCUGGUAAUCAUGGAAUACCUGUUAUUGUGGCUGGGCAUCACUUUGGGAAUGCAAGUGGAAUGGCUCCUCGUGCACACAUUGCUGUCUAUAAAGCGCUGUACAAAGGUUUUGGAGGUUUUGCUGCUGAUGUAGUGGCUGCAAUAGAUCAGGCAGCUGAAGAUAACGUUGACAUAAUCAGUUUAUCCAUUACCCCUAAUAGGAGGCCUCCUGGAUUGGCUACAUUCUUUAAUCCAAUUGAUAUGGCACUAAUGUCAGCUGUGAAAGAUGGCAUAUUUGUUGUGCAAGCUGCAGGAAAUACUGGUCCUUCCCCUAAGAGCAUGUCUUCAUACAGUCCAUGGAUUUUUACUGUAGGCGCUUCUGCCCAUGACAGGGAGUACAACAAUUAUGUUGUACUUGGCAACAAUUUGACCAUUUCAGGAGUUGGCCUUGCUCCUGGAACAGAUGGUGAUUCCAUGUACAAUCUGAUUGCUGCACCUCAUGCACUGCAAAAUUAUACAACUACUCCAAUUGAAAUGUCCCUAGGAGAGUGCCAAGAUCCAAGCCAUCUAGAUAAAGAUCUGAUAAGGGGGAAGAUACUGGUCUGCAGCUAUUCCAUAAGAUUUGUGCUUGGCCUCUCUUCUGUGAAGCAAGCUUUGGAUACAGCAAAGAAUGUCAGUGCUGCAGGAAUUAUAUUUUACUUGGAUCCUUUUGUCCUUGGUUUCCAGCUGAACCCAACUCCAAUGGAUAUACCUGGACUUAUAAUACCAUCAUCUGAUGACUCUAAGAUAUUCCUAAGUUAUUACAACGAUUCGCUUGUACGAGAUGGGACGUCAGACAAAGUUGUCAACUUCAGUGCAGUUGCGAAAAUACUAGGAGGUCUGAAGCCAAAUUAUGGUAGUUCGGCACCAAAAGUGAUGUUUUAUUCUGCUAGGGGACCUGACCCUGAGGAUAAUACAUUGGCCAAUGCCGAUAUCUUGAAACCAAAUGUGGUAGCACCUGGCAGUUCCAUUUGGGGUGCUUGGAGUUCGCGUGGAUUGGAUUCUGCUGAAUUUACCGGUGAAAGUUUUGCGAUGCUCUCUGGUACAAGUAUGGCUGCACCACACAUUGCUGGCCUUGCGGCGCUAAUCAAGCAGAAGUUUCCUUCUUUUAACCCAGCAGCUAUAGGUUCCGCGCUGUCUACCACUACAACUCUCAGUGACAAGCAGGGGAAUCCAAUCAUGUCACAGCGAACAUACAGCAACCCAGACUCCACUCAAACUCCAGCUACACCUUUUGACAUGGGGAAUGGGUUUGCCAAUGCCACUGCUGCUUUGGACCCUGGGCUCAUAUUUGAUUGCAGCUAUGAUGAUUACCUCUCCUUUCUGUGUGGUAUAAAUGGUUCUGCUCCAGUAGUGGCGAACUACACCGGCAAUAGCUGCGGGGCCUCCACCAUGACCGGAGCAGACCUAAACCUGCCGUCGAUCACCAUAGCCGUGCUCAACCAGUCGAGAAUAGUAACACGAACGGUCACCAACGUGGCGAGCGACGAGAACUACACGGUCAGUUGCAACGCCCCCUACGGGGUGGCGGCGUCUGCGACACCGGCUCAGUUCUUCAUCCCCAGCGGGCAGAAGCAGCUCGUGACCUUUGUCGUGAACGCCACCAUGACCAACUCUUCGGUGAGCUUCGGGGACGUCGAGUUCUACGGGGACAAAGGUCACCGGGUGGUCAUUCCGUUCACGGUCAUGUCCAAGGCUGUGUAG